GAAUUCGGGAUCCGACUUCUCUCAACAUUGGGAGGACCAGCAAAGCACUCUCUCUCACCCGACCUCUAUACCCCCUCGCCCUCGCUCUUUCUUCGCUCGCAAAGAAGAGUAUUCGCCAUGGUCGCCUCCAGAAUGUUCCGCCCUACCUCGCGCCUGGUGUCGGCGUCAAUUGCCCGCCCUGCUCUCCGUUUCCGCCCCGUCGCAGUCUCGAGACACUAUGCUACCCAGGGCGGCGUCAAGGAGAUGACCGUCAGAGAGGCUCUGAACGAGGCCAUGGCCGAGGAGAUGGAGAGAAACGACAAGGUCUUUGUCCUGGGUGAGGAGGUUGCCCAAUACAACGGAGCAUACAAGGUCACCAAGGGCCUGCUCGACCGCUUCGGUGAGAAGAGAGUCAUCGACUCUCCCAUCACCGAGUCUGGUUUCACCGGUCUCACUGUCGGUGCCGCCCUCGCUGGUCUCCACCCCGUCUGCGAGUUCAUGACCUUCAACUUCGCCAUGCAGGCCAUCGACCAGAUCAUCAACUCUGCCGCCAAGACUCACUACAUGUCUGGUGGUAUCCAGCCUUGCAACAUCACCUUCCGUGGACCCAACGGUUUCGCUGCCGGUGUCGCCGCCCAGCACUCGCAAGAUUACUCGGCCUGGUACGGCUCUAUCCCCGGUCUCAAGGUCGUUUCACCCUACAGCGCCGAGGACGCCAAGGGUCUCAUGAAGGCCGCCAUCAGAGACCCCAACCCCGUUGUUGUCCUCGAGAACGAGCUUCUCUACGGUCUCUCCUUCCCCAUGAGCGAGGAGGCCCAGAAGGAUGACUUUGUUAUUCCCUUCGGCAAGGCCAAGAUUGAGCGCCCCGGAAAGGACCUUACCAUUGUCACCCUCUCCCGCUGCGUCGGCCAAUCGCUGGUUGCCGCUGAGAAGCUCAAGCAAAAAUACGGCAUUGAGGCCGAGGUCAUCAACCUCCGCUCUAUCAAGCCCCUGGAUGUUGAGUCUAUCGUCAAAUCCGUAAAGAAGACCGGUCACAUGAUGGCUGUUGAGUCUGGUUUCCCCAGCUUCGGUGUUGGCGCUGAGCUCAUUGCCCUCACCGCCGAGUACGCCUGGGACUACCUGCAGGCACCCCCUGUCAGAGUUACUGGUGCUGAGGUCCCCACCCCUUAUGCCCAGAAGCUCGAGGAGAUGUCUUUCCCCACCGAGGAUCUGAUCGUCGACUACGCUGCCAAGCUCUUGCGCGCAUAGAGAAGAGAAAAGCCAUACCGGAGUUUUUUAAGGGUCUGACUAGGAAGCUGGCUGGUGUAUUUUUGAUAUCAACUCGAUUGUUCCUUUUUUUUUUCUUUUCAAAGCAGCAUUUCGAAUUGGUCUGUUUUUUUUUAAAUGCCGAAUUCACUUUUGAGAUAUAAUAAUACUGUGUUUUCGUUUGCGAGCAUUUGGCGUCUUUUUUGUUUCUGCACAUUACAAGGACCAUUUGCCUGCUUGACAGCUCAAACGUUAUGUCAGAUAUGGGAACAUUUCUUGAAAGAAGCAAAUCAUGAAAUCUCAUCUAGAAUGAAUGGGUCGAGGAACUGCUGUACUUGUAAUAAUAUCUCC